AAAUAUUGUCCGAAAUAGAUAUUUAUCAAAUAAAAGAAAGAACAUCCAGACUGGCUCCGCUCUUUUGUGGAAUGUUUAGCAAGGUUGGUGGCGCUGUUUGUUUUGACGUCAAAAUGGCAGCGCCCAUGAGUGAGCCGUGGAGAACGAUUCCACUUGCACAAUUUUCACAUGCUAAAUUAAAAGUCACAGAAGAUGGUUCUCCAAGUAAACCACCAACAUUUACUCGAUAUAGAAGUUCAGAAACUAAAGAUCCACGCAAGAGAAAUAAACAGUGUUUGGUAGCAACAGCAGAGGGGGAGAUGGAAUAUAUAGGUCAGAACUUCGGUCCAACAGCCUCACGAUCUGAUUCAAUGUGCAAAUAUAUGGUUGGUGUAGUUGAUAAAACGACUAACAAAAUCAAAGUUUAUGAUGGUCAGCUUUUCCAUCUGCAACCUUGGAUAUUUCUAAAGGAGUCCUUAAAUGAAGGUGAUGAGGAUGUGACAGAUAAGAAGGAUUUAUCUUUUGCAGAAAAGUCUGAUAUGUUAACAGAGGCGUUUGGUAGCGCAAGGAAACAACGAGCCAUGGAGUCGAGGAUUCGUAACAAAGUUGCAACUGAUGCCCUAGAACAUUCACUAAGGAAAGCUAUGGAAGAAGCAGGGAGUCAGCCUAACACGCCCACUAAAUUACCCGCCCAAGAAACUUCAGAUAUAAUACCAGCUUGCAACAGGAACGCCACCAGGCCAGAAGAAGCUUAUCACAUGGAAGAUAUCAUCAGUCCAUCAAUCAUGUUAUCUUUAAAAGGUGCUUGUGAAUUCCUAACAACAGCAACACAAAAUCAAAUAGCUGAAUGGAAAACAAAUGAAACCUACUCACCAUAUGUUUUGUCGCAAUUACAAGUGUUGACAGGUACGACAGAAAAGAGAAAAGAAAGAGCAUCUCAACUUUUGUACAUGAUGUAUCUUAUCCAUAUGCAUUGCCUCAAACCAUUUGCUUGUAGAAAAGGAAUCCCUUUCAUGAAAGGAACACCUGAUGCUGUUAAAAAGCAUCUUUUGAACGAGUUUACCGUUGAAGCAAUGUCCCCAGACGGUAAAAAAACACUGAGGAAUUUAUCUUCUAAGAUGCGUGAUAAGCUUGCCCUACACAUGAUCUUGAUUGCGCUUUAUAUUGACAAUUUCCGUGUAAAUCUUUCCCUGCUGCAAAAAGAACUCCAUCUUGGAUCCACAAAGUAAGUUCUAC